GCGAUGGCGAAUCGAGCUCCUACUACCUCCGACCUCCACACCUAUCAUUCCACCGCAAGCUCCCCGAGUCUCCGCAGUCGAGACGCAGUUGACAUGGAACGACCACUCACACCAAUCGACGGCGACGGCGGCAACGUCAAAGUCGUGGUCCGAGUGCGACGCUUCAUCAAGCGAGACUUUGAGAAACAAUCACCAUGCAUCAUUCGCAUGAAUCCAGUCACGCAAGAGACGAAGCUACUGGCGCCCACACUCAGCACAGAAGACGCAAAGAGCUCAAGACGACUACAUGAAGAGAAGUCAUUCACAUUCGACAAGUCGUUCUGGUCCCACGACGACAAGGAUCCACACUUCGCACAUCAACACGAUGUCUACGCUUCGUUUGGAGAGGAGUUCCUCGACCACAACUUCGAUGGCUAUCACACGUGUAUCUUUGCAUACGGACAGACGGGAAGUGGAAAGUCAUACACGAUGAUGGGCACACCUGACGAGCCCGGCCUGAUCCCUCGGACGUGUCAAGGUCUCUUCCAACGAGUCGAAUCGGAACAGAACGGCAGUAUAACCUACAACGUUCAUGUCUCCUACUUUGAGAUCUACAACGAGCACGUGAAAGACCUGCUCACUCCUCGCACAAUUCCUCCGACCUACCUAAAAAUCCGCGAGUCCAAGUCUGACGGAGUCUACGUGCAAAAUCUCACUGACGAACCCGUCAAGUCCUACGACGACAUCCUUCGCCUCAUGAAGAUGGGCGACCUUAAUCGCACUACGGCUUCCACCAAAAUGAACGAUACAUCCUCCCGCUCCCACGCCGUCUUCACUCUUACCCUCAAACAAAUCCAGCACGAUGUCGCCACGGAUUCGACAAUCGAGCGUCUCGCCCGUAUGCGUCUUGUCGACCUUGCUGGCUCUGAACGGGCUGGCCGCACCGAAGCCACUGGUCAGCGUCUCAAGGAAGGCGGCAAUAUCAAUCAAUCCCUCUCCACUCUGGGUCGAGUCAUCGCCGCCCUGGCAGACCCGAAGCGCCAGCGUCCAGCAAGAAGUCUUGGCCUCCCGAACCAACCCAAGCGUCGUGCUGAGGUCGUACCAUAUCGCGACUCUGUCCUCACCUGGCUGCUCAAGGAUAGUUUAGGAGGAAAUUCCAAAACAGCCAUGGUGGCCUGCAUCUCGCCCACAGACUACGAAGAAACACUUUCCACUCUGCGGUACGCCGAUCAAGCGAAGAAGAUCCGCACCCGCGCACACAUCAAUCAAGACGCUGUCUCAGCCGCCGAGCGCGACGCCAAGAUUCUGGAGAUGCAGGAAGUCAUUAAGUCGCUGCAAUUGUCUGUCAACGCCGCCGCGACGAGGAAAAGGGAUGAAGCGGAUCGUGCGAGGGACGAGAUGGAAGACUAUCAACGACAAGUAUCGAAGAUGCAACGUGCAAUGGAGGAGAGCAGAGCUGUGAGCGAGGUCAAGAUCAGAGCUUUGACGAAUGAAGUCGAAGAGCUACGCCCGCUCAACCAGGCUUUGACGAUUGAGAUCGAGGCGUUGAGACGACACCUGGCAUUGGCGGUGGGCGAGUUGAAGAAUCCGAUUGUUCUACCGAGAGAAUUGGAUGAUGGGUAUGACGAGGACGAGGAGAAUUAUGACCCGAGGAGUGAUGGAGGCGCGUAUGAGCAUGAGAGUUGGCAGAGGGACGUGGACGAGCUGUUGAAGGAUCUUGGGCUUUUCAAGAGAAAGGUGAAGGAUGACAAGGAGAGGUUUCCGCAUCCAACGGUGAACAAGGAUGGGGAGACAAGAGGGAAUUGA